AUGAUACCCCCUGACGACGUUUCUAUAAGUUCUACUGCGGCCACACUACCGACGGAAGAGCCAACCGAAGAGCCCACUGAAGAGCCAACCACUGGUGCUGCAACAACGGAAGAAGCGGAGAGUACAACAGCUCCUGCAGAGACCAUGUGCGAUCAGUGUAAUAUUGAUGAUAUUGCACCGACUAUGACGGAAACAGGUACCGAGUUUAUCUCUCAACCAAGAGAUCCAGUCGACGGGUGCAUACGAACGUAUACAAACUGUGGAAGGACAGACUCUUUGGUUUGUGAUUCAAGUCAAAUGUUUGCGACAACCCCAACUGGAGAGCAAGAAGUCGUAGAUGAAACAACUGGGAACGCUGUUUCUGUAACUUUCACAUGUGCCAACGAUGGCACAUACUCGUGGAUGGGAGUAACAGAAAUCAGCGCGUUGCGUUGUGAGUGGACAAAUUGUAUUUAA